AUGGAAGUGAUGGCAAGAGGGAGACCUUGUGUAAUACUUGCUUGUGAGAGGAACGGUAAUUAUAAGUCUUGCAAGUCUAGUGAGACAACUGAUAUAAGGUCGGAUGCAAAUAGUGAUAUGAAAAAAUGUGCUAGGGACACUGGUACCAAGAAAUGUGGAUGCUCAUUCUUGUUAAAAGGUGUCAAUAUUGGUGAUGGGGAUGAUUGGAAGUUGGAGGUGGUUUGUGGAGUACACAACCAUCCUAUUUCAGAGUAUCUUCAAGGUCAUUCAUUUGUGGGACGACUUACUGAAGAGGAGAAUGCCUUGUUGGUAUGCGUAUACGAAUAG